UUCAACAUUGAAGCAAACAAAAUGUCAUGCUGUGUGUUGAUGAAAGUCAGAAGUUUGGGCAGUAUUUCUCGCCAGUCCCUUUGUAAACACCUUUGCACAAGAGCUGCAAAACAUGAAGACAACAAUAGUAAGGGUUCCAAUGCUCCCAAAACAAAUGCUGAUAUUAGAGCUGCAAGGAAUCACAUGUUUUCUGAGGAAAAGAAAAGACAAUUGUCACUAAUCCGACGAGUUGAGAAGAUAAAAGUAGAAUACUAUGGAAUACCAGAAAGUUGUACGCUUUGGAUGAACAAAGACCUGUCCAGUCCAUAUAACUGUGCCAUGCACAUGAAGUCUAACAUCAAAGCCCUGGCAGCCCUAGCUGUGGUGAAUGGAGAAGUAUGGGACAUGCAUCGGCCCUUGGAGUCAGAGUGUUCUCUGCAAUUCCUUAAAUUCAGAGACAAUGAUCCAGAAUUGCUAAACAAGGCAUUCUGGAGAACAGGUUCAUUUUUGAUUGGCUACAUCUUUGACCGUGCAUUUAAAGACAGCCACAGAGUAAAUGUGAUACGAUUUCCUAGUAACCCUGUUGUUGAAGAUGGCUACUUCUGCUGUGACCUUGACCUAGGAAGUAUGAAUUCUUGGCAGCCAUUACCUGAUGAGAUGAGAGCAUUGUCAAUGUUGGGGACCAGUCUUGCCAAAGAGGACUCGGUAUUUGAGAGACUGGAGGUGGAUGAAAAGUUGGCUUUAGAAAUGUUUAAAGACAAUGAGUACAAGUGUGAUCAGAUACCCGCCAUUGCCAAGUCUUCAGCAACAGGAUCUAAGGUCACUCUGUACCGAUUCAGAGAUUAUGUGGACUUAACAUCAGGACCUCUUGUAGCCAGCUCCCUCUUCAUUUCCCAGUACAACAUUGUCAAGAUGUUUCCUAUGAAGUGUUCUGUAAAUGGGGACAUCGUCCGAGUUCAGGGAAUAGCUCUGCCUCCGGAAUUACAGCACACAGGCAGGGUAUGCUGAUAUGUGCUUUUCCGUCUGUCCAUCACACGAGUAGUUGUUUUCUGACUUCUCCCUGCGCUUACAGUUUCAGCAGAAUGAUCUCCAUUGGAUGGAAUUCUUAAUUCAACAGACUUUUUCUGGCUUGCCUGGACACACUGAUUUAUAGUGUGAAGUUGUACAAUAUUGAUGGCUACAGGUCCUUCUGGUUGAUUUCCUAUAGAGUUAUGUCCCUUGGAUUAGUACACAAUCAUAAUUUCCCCUACUUUGAUUUUCUGUGAGAUAAAGAGCUGACAAGUUGCAGGACUAGUUUGUGAUGGUACCAGUUGACUCCCGGCACAAUGAUGACAUUUGGACUUUGUAUGGAAUUGAGUUUUCCUUACAGUCUUUUAGCUACUUGUAUAUGCUUUAUAUAAAAUUAAUGAGCUGACAUUUCAGAGUGUGCAGUUGUACUGUAUAUAUAUUAGUGAGGUAAAAGGUGAAGUUUACAUUUUGUUCCCAUUGACUUACACUUAUACUUCAGAGCAUUGUUACAGCCUUUGGCCUUUGACAUUUUAUGGAUUUCAGCUUUUUAACAUACACUAUAUAUACAUUUUGUACAGUCUACAGAUAUUGAACUGAGUUUAAUUGUAUAGAUGUUUUUAUGGACCUGUUGUACAUGUAUAUGACUCUUGUUCUAUAUU